UGACUCAAACAUUUAUUAUAGAUGGAAAGAAGUAAAGAAGACAACCCACACAUUAACCAAACAAAGCCAUAAGAACCUCAACAAAACUCCCUUCCCUUUUGUCAACUUCACUUUUCUCUUCCCCCUCCCAUUUCUUUUUUCUUCUUUCUCACCCAAACUUACAAUUAUUCUUCCACUUUUAUACCCUAAAAAACGCACCUUCCAUUUUUCACCUCUGUUUUUGCACAAAUUCCCCCGUUUUCUUCCUUCUGCUUCUUCUUCUUCUUCUUCUUCUUCUUCUUCCUCUUCCUCUUCCUCUUCCUCUUCUUCCUCAUGAGGAGAAGCAUUGCUACUUGUUACAGUGAACAUGCCGUUAAAGUCUCUGAUUCUUAUUGCUCUGGCCCUUCCCCUAAUCCCCAUGUCUUCUCCAAAUUCCCUUCUUCUAAUUCCCCUCUCUCUGUUUCUUCCAUUUACAGAGCAAAGCUUUCCACUUCUAAUGAUCUUCUUAUUCUUCUCCAUUGGACUGCUAAAGAUUUGGGUCAAUCCUUUAAAAUCAAGAUCAAUUCCAUUUCCCUUCCCAUUCUCACUACCAAGGGUCUCAAAACGUUCAGACUCGAUCACAAUUCCGAGAUUUCGGUCUUUUGGGAUAUCUCCGAUGCCCGAUUCGAUCCUGGGCCUGAUCCGAGUUCUGGGUUUUACGUAGCUGUCACGGUGGAUUCCGAAAUUGCGUUGUUGAUCGGUGAUGAGAGGGAGAAAUUGGUGAAAUUGGGAGUUUUGAAAGAGAAUUUGGAUACCGAAUUGUUGAAAUUCUCUCUGGUUUCUCGGAGGGAGGAUUUUUGUGCUGACGAUUCUGUUUUCUUGACCAAGGCUAGAUUCUCGGACGACGGUGGGGUUCAUGAGAUUGUGGUCAAGUGCGGCGGCGGGGAGGAAAUGAGGAACCAGAGACUGGCGGUGUUUAUUGAUAAGAAACAGGUUUUUGAAGUGAAGAGGUUGAAGUGGAAUUUUCGAGGGAAUCAAACGAUUUUUUUAGAUGGGUCGGUGGUUGAUAUGAUGUGGGAUGUUUACGAUUGGCUAUUCCGACCGGAAUCUGCGGCGGGGGCGGCGUUUAUGUUUAGGAAGAGAAGUGGAUUGGACAGUCGGCUGUGGCUGGAGGAGAAGACGAAGCAAGAGAAGGCUGGCUUUUCUUUGUUGAUUCGAGCUUGUAAGAAUAAUCCUUCUUCAUUCUUAAUUUCAUAAUUUGGUUUUGAGAAAAUAACAAAGAAAAAGAAAAUUUGUUUUUCAUAUAAUUUUUCUUUUUAUUAUUAUUAUUAUUAUUUAUUUUUGUGAUUUUUAGUUUGGAUUAUUUGAUUCUCUCUUUGAAGUUACUUGGAAGAAAAAUGAUUCUGUAGGAACUUUCUUUUUUCUUCACUUAGAGGGAAAUUUGUUCAUUGUGCUUUUCUUUGGACAUGGGAUGUUUGGGGUUUUUCACCUAUUGUAACUUGUAUAUAUUCUAAUGAAGAAAAAAAAAAAAUGUAAAUUUGAAGGCACAUGUAUGAGUUUAAUUGUGUUUGUGUGUUUUUUU